GUUGCCAAAUUUAAAUCUGUAUUUUGGCCUUCCAAAAAUCUGUAUCAUCUGUAUGACUACUUUUUCCGAAAAUCUGUAUGAAAUCUGUAUUAUUUUACGGAAAAUCUGUAUGAUAUUCUGUAAGUUUUUGAAAAAUCCGUAUAAUCUGCAUCCUUUUCCAAAAAUCUGUAAUAUUGGUAUACAGAAUUCUGUAUGAUAAGCUGCGAAAAAAUCUGUAUGAUUACAGAAAAAUCUGUAUAUUUGGCAUCCCUGACUACGCCUGAACCACAUUUGUAAAUGGAUGAAUACGUUAAGGACAUCCUCCGGAAGUGGGAACUACCGGAGCUGAUACCAACAUUCGAAGAGGAAGAAGUCAACGAGAAAGCCUUCAAAUGCCUCACAGACGAUAUCAUCCGAGAAUUGGUACCGAAACUUGGAAAGCGUGCUAUUUUCAACAAAGCCUACAGAGCCUACCGGGAAGCUUUGGAUGCUUUGGAUAAAAAGCCCGAUUUUAGCGUUGUGGUCAAACCGCAUGAACCCGUAUCCUUGCCCGAUCCAGUUUGUUCCCCGGUGGUAGUGAUAAAGUCGGAAACUGCAAUCGGGGAUGUGCCAGACAAUGAUACAUCGAUGGUUGAGUCACAAGUAUCGUUGGAAGAUACCUUCAAACUCGAACCACAAGUUCCAGAAGAAGCUGUUGCGGAAGAAGUUCAAGUUUCGGAACAUCAAGAACUUGAAGCUGCAUCUGCAUCGUCAGUUGACAAUGAAUGUGUUGAUACGUCGAAAACAGCACACGGAUCGCUAGGCACUUCAGGUGUUGACCAAUCAUUGAUGGAGACCGAGAGCAAUGACGAAUUAUUUGGUAGUGUUUCAAAUACCUCUGUUAUAAAUCAAAACUUGCCAGAAACAUUUCAGGAUAAGACAGCGACAGAUAAUGCUGUUACAGAAACUACUGCCGAGCUUAGUAUAAAUGCGAACAUUUUGAUCGAAGCCGAAGAAUUAGACCAUGAAGGACUGGACAAUGUUUUGGCAACUGCGGUCGAUGUGGAUAAUGUACAAACCGUCGGAGAAACUUUUGAUAUAAUUGAAACAUCUAUGAGUAAUGUACAACAUGAACGAUCAUCAAACGAUUCUCCGAUUACAGAAAUGACUGAAUCUCAGUUUACCGAAGAACGUGCAUACCAUGGAUCAGACAAUCAAUUAGUAGAUUCAGCAAUUGAUGAAGCAUUGAUCGCACAAGACCAGGAAGACUGUGGAUCAUCCACUCAAGCAGAAUACCCCCUCCGCAAUCAAUGUAUCGAUGGCUCACCAACCUCGCACAUAACCUUCUCGAUUUCAGAACUUUCCGAUCCAGCUGAAGAAGAUCUCAAAAGCGCCGAGUCUCUGCGUCAACUGUUGAGCACUUCCACAACCGUAAACCAUCUGUUGGGGAAACCAUUUUUGACCAGAUCCACAAGAAACGCAUUGACGGAGGAGAUUGUGGACCAUUUGUGUACCUCGGCUGAUGGCGUUUUGAGUAACGAACUGUUGAGAAGUUGGGCUCGAGCAGUGGAACUUGUUUUCGCCCAAGAGGUCAACCAGUUGUAUUUCCGAGAGUCCGAGGAUGGCUACUCAUGUGGUGGAAAGUUGGUCCAGUGUUAUCAGCGGCGGAAACAAGGCGGUGCAGAUACGGCGAACAGGGAAACUGGAUGAAGUAGGUGGUGAUGACAACACAAGUUAGUCGAACACAAGAACUCUGUGAUAUGGGAGCCACGAUAGCCACACUGUAGCACUAAGUCUGCAAAAAGGUAAAAAGAAGUUGUUUAAAUUGCAUAUCGUAAUUUCAAGAUGAGGUACCUUUAAGUUUACAACUACAUGAUUAAAAACCAAUUCAUU